AUGUCGGACGAAAUCAUUUGGCAGGUUAUAAACCAACAUUUCUGUGCUUAUAAGCUGAAAACCGACAAAGGUCAGAACUUUUGCAGAAACGAAUACAAUGUCACUGGGUUGUGUACGCGACAAUCGUGCCCUCUGGCAAACGCAAGAUAUGCCACGGUGAAGAACAUCGGUGGCAGACUCUACUUGUACAUGAAAACGGCAGAACGGGCCCACACGCCGGCCAAGAUGUGGGAAAGAAUAAGGCUGUCCAAAAACUAUGCAAAGGCCCUAGGGCAAGUGGACGAGCAUCUGUUGUACUGGAACAAGUUUUUAAUACACAAGUGCAAGCAGAGACUUACUCGUCUAACACAGGUGGCAGUCACAGAAAGACGCAUGGAGCUGAGAGAAGAGGAAAGACACUACGUGGGCGUUGCGCCCAAGGUCAAGAGAAGAGAGGAGAACCGUGAGCGCAAGGCGCUUGGAGCGGCCAAGAUCGAAAAGGCAAUUGAAAAGGAGCUUUUGGAGAGACUCAAGAGCGGUGCAUACGGCGACAAACCGUUGAAUGUGGACGAGAAGAUCUGGAAAAAAGUGCUGGGUCACGUAGAGGACGAUCAAGACGAUCUUGAAAACGAAUACGAGGACGAAGAGGAGGAGGAAAGUGACGCGGAGAUUGAAUACGUUGAGGACGACGGAGACGACGAAGAACUUGUGGACGUGGAGGAUCUUGAAAGAUGGCUGGACGAUCCAAACGCUUCUCAAAACGACGAUAGCUCGGACGAAGACCUCGACGACAGUAGCAGCAGCAGCGGCGACGAAGACGACGACGAAGACACAAAGAACCAGAAACGCAGAAAGCUGGCCGCCGCCGCUGCCAGAAAGAAGCGCCCCAGAGUCGAGAUCGAGUACGAGGAAGAGACUCAACCGGCCCAACAAGAGUUGGCCCGCUAG